UGCAGUUCCAGUGACAGAGAUGCGGAUGAGCUGCAGAAGCAGAAAUCUGCUAUCAUCCUCGGAGUCAACACUACAGCGCAAUGGCCGCGGCAGUGGAUACGAAUUGUUAAAAUUUGUUUAAAUCCUUCACCUACCUCACACUGCGCAUGAUUCGCGUCUCUCGCAGCUGGAAAAAACGCUGCAAGUGGUGCCACUGCGCUAAGACGACUCACCAGCUCCCACCAACUGUGACCCGGGCAUCAGGAAGAAGUUUUACUAUCAGGCUGAAUGGCGGAACCGGAGCUUCUGCUGGACUCCAAUAUUCGACUCUGGGUGGUGUUGCCCAUUGUCUUCAUCACCUUUCUUGUUGGGGUGAUACGGCAUUAUGUCUCCAUUCUUCUUCAGAGUGACAAGAAGUUGACGUUAGAGCAGGUUUCUGACAGUCAGGUUCUUAUCCGGAGCAGAAUCCUCAGAGAAAACGGAAAAUACAUUCCCAAACAGUCCUUUUUGAUGAGGAAAUUCUACUUCAACAAUCAAGAGGAUGGAUUUUUCAAGAAGACCAAAAGAAAGGUUGUUCCACCCUCUCCAAUGACAGAUCCCAGCAUGCUGACAGACAUGAUGAAAGGCAAUGUCACCAACGUUCUUCCCAUGAUCCUCAUUGGAGGCUGGAUCAACUGGACCUUUUCAGGAUUUGUAACAACUAAAGUUCCCUUCCCUCUCACUCUGCGCUUCAAGCCCAUGCUGCAGCAAGGAAUAGAGCUGCUCUCACUGGAUGCCUCUUGGGUGAGCUCGGCAUCAUGGUAUUUCCUGAAUGUGUUUGGACUACGAAGCAUGUACUCAUUAAUUCUGGGCCAAGACAAUGGUGCAGAUCAGUCGAGGAUUAUGCAGGAGCAGAUGAGUGGUGCCGCCAUGGCCAUGCCUGCAGAUACAAAUAAAGCUUUCAAGGCUGAAUGGGAGGCACUGGAACUGACCGACCAUCAGUGGGCGCUGGAGAGUGUAGAGGAGGAUCUGAUGAGCAGGGAGCUGGACUUUGAUGGCAUGUUUAGCAAGGAGCUACCAAGUGGUAUCUUCUGAUGGCCUGGUCACUUCUACUUGGAGCCUUUAAUUUGAAUUUUGAUCAUUGCAGGGAUUUGUUUUUGGUUAAAGGCACAGAGAUGGGACAAAUUCCUUCAUGUUAUGCAAUGUUUACAUUCACUGAUUUGUGGUCCUUGUCUUUUCACAUGUAUUACCUUUUCAUUCCUGUCUAUAAAAUACCUGAAAUGACUUAAAAUACACUGGUUCUGUUAUUGUUUAAUGCAUACUGGAAUACAUUGCUUUUUUCACCGUCGAGACAUCAAAAUGUUUGGGAGAAGUUAAGUUGAUUUUCAAUUAUUGAAAUGCAUUAUUAUUAGCUUUCACCUGUAUGCCAUCAUAAUGCCAUUAGGUAAUAGAAUGUGAACUACCUAGUGCUUCUUUUUUCUUAUGUCACGCACAGCUAGAUUAGCUGUCUCCAUUUUUAUGUGUAUGAUCAUGUUUAAACAGUAGGAUACAAUACAAUUUUACAGGUCUGAAUGAUGUUUAAUUCAACUUUAACAAUAUUGGAAAAACUCCUUUGUUAGAUCAUAGAGCUGUUCUGUGUCAGCUGCCCUAAAAUUGGAACUAGACCCAGAGCUGAUUAGUUGUUGGCUGAAAAUAUGUUUUUUAUGAUUGAAUUAUUGUUUUUAAAGUAUGUAGAUGGUUUAUUUUGUAAUGUAACUCCCCUGUGUUUUGUACAGUAUAAAGCCUGUUUUGACUAAA